GCCAUGUGACUCUGGUGAGUUGGAGUGUGCAAUUGCCUCCUGCUUCCGAGCUACCUGAUCCGAAUACUAAGCAGAGCGAGUGCCGGGCUGGGUGGGAGACACCGAAGACACUGCAGAGAAAAGGUGCUUAUUCCAGAGGCAGUGCAAAACAUGGAGAUUAAAGAUCAGGGAGCCCAAAUGGAGCCGCUGCUGCCCACGAGAAAUGACGAAGAAGCAGUUGUGGAUCGUGGUGGAACUCGUUCCAUUCUUAAAACACACUUUGAGAAGGAGGAUUUAGAAGGUCACCGGACGCUGUUUAUUGGCGUGCAUGUGCCCCUGGGAGGAAGAAAGAGCCAUCGGCGUCACAGGCACCGUGGUCAUAAACACAGAAAGAGAGAUAGAGAGAGAGAUUCAGGUUUAGAGGAUGGAAGGGAGUCACCGUCCUUCGACACCCCAUCACAGCGGGUGCAGUUUAUUCUUGGAACUGAGGAUGAUGAUGAGGAGCACAUUCCUCAUGACCUUUUCACAGAACUGGACGAGAUUUGCUGGCGUGAAGGUGAGGAUGCUGAGUGGCGAGAAACAGCCAGGUGA